UUUUUGAUUUCACCACACUCACUUCCAUUUGACAAUAUAAAGUGCCCUCCACAAGUCAGUGAGUCAACUCUACUGACUGGGCAUAUAUGGCUACUCAUAGCAAUUUCAAGAAUGCUUUGAUUGCAUUUGUUGCUCCACUUCCCUCACUACUCUUCUACCUAUCUUUCCUUAGCCAAUACCAUGAUGAACAGGAUCAUCCACUCUACAAUUGGUGCUACCAACACCCCUUUCUAUUUGCUAAUCUCUUGUUUUUCCUCAAUGUCAACCUCCUCUUCUGGCUCAUUGGUCUUCUCCAAUCCAGUCACUGGAUGAUAGAUUUGUACUGGACUGUGAUUCCAGUAAUGCUAGUGCAUUUCUAUGCAAAUCAUCCAUUGGCACAGUAUAAUGUUUGGAGGUCCAAGGUGGUUAUACUUUUAACUUGGAUUUGGAGUAUUCGACUUACUCAUAACUACUUCCGGCGUGAGAAUUGGCAGUGGGGACACAGGCAAGAUUGGAGAUUUACAGAUAUUAGCCACCAGUACCCCAAGCACUGGUGGUGGAUCUCUUUCUUUGUUGUUUAUGUCUCUCAACAGGUUUUUCUGAUGGGAAUAUGCCUGUCUAUGUAUGUUGUCCACUCUGAAGACAAGCCAUUGAAUAUCUGGGAUUUCAUUGCCGUAUUUAUCUGCUUGCCUGCCAUUAUAAUUGCCUAUUAUGCAGAUACACAGCUCUACAGUUUUGUGAGCAGAAAUCAGAAACUAAAAGAGCUUGGCGAGCCAAUGGUUCCCAAUCUUGACGAAGGCCUCUGGAGGUAUUCACGACAUCCAAACUAUUUUGGGGAGCAGUUAUGGUGGUGGGGACUCGUCCUUUUUGCCUGGAACCUGGGUCAGGCUUGGACUUUUGUCGGUGCACUCAUUAAUAGCAUGUGCCUUGCACAUGUCACUGUGCUUGUUGAGAAUAAGAUGCUUAAGCAAGCCUACAGAGCUGAAGCAUACAAGCUUUACCAGAGGACAACAUCUGUUUGGAUACCAUGGUUCAAGUCAUCUCCAAAAGGAAAAGAUAAGGAAACUUGAGUCUAUUCGGUGUCUUCCUUUAUUAAAUGUCCACGAUGAGGACUAUUGAAUAAGUAAUCUACUUGAUGUGCUUUUUAAUUAAAUCUGCAACUGGUAGCUCACCUAACAUACACAAUAAAUGAACAUUUCUGUA